UCUCUACUGCAAAGGAUGAACACAAUUAAACUGUGUUGUUUCUAUGAGGAGGAUGGAUCCUGCUGUGUUGAGUUUGUUCUGCUGUGUAUUCUGAUCCCCAUUAUACUUAUGACGGACUGUGUCACUAAAGUGGAGCUGUGUGUCUCCUGCACUGACCUGCUGGAUAAAGAUGUCGGAUCAAAGUCUGAUCCUUUGUGUGUGCUGCUGCAGAGCACAGGGGGAGACAAAUGGACCGAGCUGGCUCGCACAGAGCGUUUGAAUAACACGUCGAGUCCGGCCUUCAGUCAGCGCCUCAAACUGGAUUAUCACUUUGAGAAAGUGCAGAAUCUGAAGCUGGGGGUGUACGAUAUCGACAACUCCAGCUCGGACCUCGGAGAUGAUGACUACCUGGGAGGGGUGGAGCUAACUCUAGGACAGAUAGUUGCCAGUAAGAGUCUGACCAGACCUCUGCAGCUGAAGAAGGGCAAACCUGCAGGCAAAGGAAGCAUCACUAUCACAGCCGAGGAGAUAAAGGACAAGAGAGCCAUUGAGUUGGAGUUUGAGGCUAAAAACCUGGACAAGAAGGAUACGUUUGGGAAGUCUGAUCCAUUCUUGGAGUUUUUCAAAAAAGCAGACGAUGGGAAGUGGCAGCUGGUCCACCGAACAGAGGUGGUGAAGAACAAUCUGAGUCCCUCGUGGAAGAAGUUCACCGUCGCCCUGCAGACGUUCUGCGGCUCCGACCUGGAAAGACCACUGAAGGUGGAUUGCUCUGACUAUGACAGCGACGGCACUCAUGAUCUGAUUGGUUCUUUCACCACUAAAGUCUCCGAGCUGAUGAAAGCUGCAGGUGGUUCCCCGGUGUCGUUUGACUGCAUCCACCCCGACAAACAGAAGAAGAAGAAGAGCUACAAGAACUCUGGAGUCGUAUCUUUGAAGAACAGCAAGAUGUUAACUCAGUACACCUUCUUGGACUAUGUGAUGGGCGGCUGCCAGGUCAACUUCACUGUGGGGGUCGACUUCACCGGCUCUAACGGAGACCCUCGCACGCCCAACUCUCUCCACUACAUGAGUCAAGACGGGCUGAACCAGUACCUGUCGGCUCUGUGGUCCGUGGGUAACGUGGUGCAGGACUACGACACUGAUAAACUCUUCCCAGCGUUCGGUUUUGGAGCCAAACUGCCUCCAGACUACCAGACUGCAAAUCAUGAGUUCGCCCUCAACUUCAACCCCGCCAACCCCUUCUGCCAAGGUGUCCAGGGCAUCGUGGAGGCCUACAGGAUGGUCCUGCCUCAGCUGAGACUCUCUGGACCCACAAACUUCUCCCCCCUCAUCAACCACGUCGCUGGCAUCGCCUCCCAAGCAGCGCAGAGCAACAACGCUGCUCAAUAUUUCCUCCAAGCUUCUUGUGGUCAGGUCACGGCAUCCAUCUAA